UUAAAUUCUUUUUUUUUUCUUCUUUGGUAGUCGGUCCAUUUUAACUUUGGUCUGCUAUUAUUAAUAGAUACCGACGGUUUCUUUUCGACUCCAAACACAACGGAAAUGCUCCGCCGCACUAAACUCUUCAUCUUACCCAAAACCACCGCCACUGUCACCCUGCAACCGCUCCGCCACCUCAAAACCCUAGCUUCCACCAGCACUAACAACACAAAAGAUGCCUACUUUGCCUUAAUCCACCACAUAACCAAUAUAGUUCGCCGCGACUUCUACCCAGAACGCACUCUCAACAAACUGAACGUUCCUGUAACCUCCGAGCUCGUUUUCCGCGUUUUACGGGCGUGUUCUCGUUCUCCAACCGAAUCUCUCCGCUUCUUCAAUUGGUCACGCGCCUACUACACUCCGACCUCAAUCGAAUACGAAGAACUUAUCAAAAUCCUAGCUAAAUCAAAACGCUACUCUUCAAUGUGGAAACUAAUUACCCAAAUGAAAGAUCAAAAUCCCCAAUUUAGUAUAUCGAGUGAAACGGUGCGUUCUAUAAUUGAAGAGUAUGGUAGAAGCGGUCUAAUCGAUCAAGCUGUUGAGGUUUUUAAUCAGUGUAACAGUUUAAAUUGUGAACAAAACGUGGAUAUUUAUAAUUCUUUGCUUUUUGCUCUUUGUGAAGUUAAAUUAUUUCAUGGUGCUUAUGCUUUAGUUAGGAGGUUAAUUAGGAAAGGUUUAGCUCCUAAUAAGACUACUUAUAGUGUACUUGUUAAUGGAUGGUGUUCGAACGGCAAGUUUAAAGAGGCACAACUCUUUUUGGAGGAAAUGAGUAAAAAAGGGUUUAAUCCUCCUGUUAGAGGCAGAGACCUCUUGAUUGAAGGGUUGUUGAAUGCUGGGUAUUUUGAAUCUGCUAAAGAAAUGGUUUUCAAAAUGAGUAAAGAGGGUUUUGUACCGGAUGUCAAUACAUUUAAUUGUUUAAUUGAAGCCAUUUGUAAUUCCGGGAAGGUUGAUUUUUGUGUUGAUAUGUAUUAUAGUUUGCGUAAAUUAGGGUUUUGUCCUGAUAUUAAUAGUUAUAAGAUUUUGAUUCCUGCUGUGUCGAAGGUGGGUAAGAUUGAUGAGGCUUUUAAGUUAUUGAAUAAUUCAAUUGAAGAUGGACAUAAGCCUUUUCCUGGUUUGUAUGCACCGAUAAUUAAAGGGAUGUGUAGAAGAGGGCAAUUUGAUGAUGCAUUUUGUUUCUUUGGUGAAAUGAAGGUGAAGGGUCAUCCUCCUAAUAGACCGGUUUAUACCAUGUUGAUAACUAUGUGUGGGCGUGGAGGGAAAUAUGUUGAAGCUGCUAAUUAUUUGGUUGAGAUGACUGAGAUGGGUCUGACACCAAUUUCAAGGUGUUUUGAUAUGGUUACUGAUGGUUUGAAGAAUUGUGGGAAGCAUGAUCUGGCUAAGAGGAUUGAACAGCUGGAAGUGUCUGUUUGCAGUGUUUGAUUGUAGCAAUUUUUGGACAAUAUCUUUUUCAAUCUGGUAGAAAUGUAUAACUUUGAGCUCAUUGAUGAUAGAAAUGCUGCCUGAGCCUGAAAUUUGGCCAACUUUGGGAAGAGGUUGGAUACCAAAAGAUGGAUGCUGUGCAGGCGCAAGCUUCGACUCCUAUUCAGGUUGAUCUUUCUGCAGGCCAAGUGGCUUCUCCUAUCAUUGCCAAAAAUGCAACAGUGAUCACGAUUUCAGAAGCCCAAAAACAUAGAGAGACAGCUCAUACCAACAGCUUUGAUAUCAUUGAUAGCAACAAAGAUGUCUUGGUCUUGCAGGGGUCAUUCGAAACCUUUUUCCGGUCAAUGCGAGAAAGAGAGAAGCGAGGAAGAUUGAUAAACAGAGAAAGAGAAGAGAAAGCGUUAUGCUUAACACAUGCAAGGCGGACUCUCUUUUCUAGAUUCACUCUCUUCCUCUUUGAGUUAGGAGUUCCAGUCGCCAAUUAUGCGACAAUAUGGGCUGAUUAUUCCCAAAAGGAAUAAGAAAUUGGUUGGUUCAUGAGCUGGGCUUCAACGCUGCUGGAAUCCCUUGUGCCAUCCCCGCUUCCUACUCUUUGAUCUCUCCUCUCUUACGAUAUAGUUGGAAAUUUCGUCAUUGCAUUGUCCUCUGUGCCGGCUCUAUGAUGACGCUAAAGUCGUAACUCCUUCUUUUGCUUAGUGUAAUUGGCCGGCCUUUUUCUUUUUUUAUUCAAAAUCCCUUUCUUUUCAUGGUCUUUUUGGGGCAAUCUAAGCUCGAGUGAUCCCCCCCAGUUCCCAGGCCUAACCCCACCUGCUUUUAGUUUUGUAUCGAAAACUUCUCAAAAAAAAGAUCUUUCUCUUCCCUCGAGCAUAGUCAGUAUAUAUAUCUAGCUUUCAUGCAUCCUAGGCACAUCGGUGAAUUUGUUAAGGCGGGGGGACCACUUUACAGGCAUGGUAUCAGGAACUGCGCUUGCAUCUGCUUCACAGUGGACCUGGAAGGCUACCGGACUCGAUCAACCUGGUCUAGUAUUGAGGACAGAGGCUAAAAACAAGCAAAAUCCUAGGGGAAAGCUGUAAGGAAAAUAGCAACCUUAGCCAUAAUUAAUGUGUUCCUAUCUUAAGUUGCUGCUAGUUCAUUGCUUUACUGAGUUUGAAAAUCUUGCAUCUGGACCAAGCCUGUUUUUUAUGAGAGUCACCAAGUUAGCCUAAUUUUUAUAGAAGCUGAUAGAGAAAUACUGAGUUUCUCAAUGGUUAUCUACUUCCCAUUUCAUAAUAAGUUAAAUAUAUUUCCACUUCUUUAACUUUCUUUUCCUGUGGAUCACACCUUCUUGAUAUGGGUAUUAAUCAUAUGUUAAAUUGUACAUUUACUUCUCAGAGGGGCCUGUAAUUGCAGAUACCAUUAUUUAGGUACAAAAGUUCCUAUGAAAUUGGGAUCUCCUUAAGGAUAAGUAUAUUUCUCAUGGUGCUUCAUAUCACAAUGUUGAUAUCACAAGUAACCGAGACAACAAACUUGUCUUAUCCAAACAUUGGUUACACUAUUUCUAUCCGGAGAUUGUCUGCUAAAUAAAGUUGUUUAUUCAGUUUUGAUUA